CUCGCGUGAAAAAAUUGCUAAACAGCGACCUCUGGUCACAGAAUUCGAUAGGUCACAGAAUUCGGCACACCAGUUGUUAGCCCAUUAUAUGAGCUAAUAUGAAUUACUUGCUGCUGGCUGGAUUUAUCCUCAGAAACAUCCCUGUUGUGACAGAUGCAGUUUACAUUGACAUUAGAUGGUCUGCUUCUCAGUGAGAAACAUCGCCCUGGCUGUCAUUCUGGUCAAAGCUGGACUGGAAUUAGAUGGAAAGGUUUUUAUUAAAGACAAUGGGUCGCUUGGAUGGGAAAGUGAUUGUGCUGUCCGCUGCUGCACAGGGCAUCGGAAGAGCCUGUGCUAUAGCUUUCGCAAAGGAAGGUGCACAAGUCACAGCUACGGAUAUCAAUGGGGAGAAACUCAAGGAGCUGGACGGCAUUCCAGGUAUUAAAACCAGGGUGGUUGAUGUUACCAAGAAAGACCAAGUAGAGGCCCUGGCCAAGGACUUUGACCAUGUUGAUGUGCUCCUCAAUGUUGCUGGAUUUGUCCAUCACGGCUCUAUACUUGACUGUGAGGAGUCGGAUUGGGACUUCACCAUGAAUGUUAACGUCCGCAGCAUGUAUCUGACAAUCAGGGCCUUCCUUCCAAAGAUGCUGGCUCGUAAAUCUGGAAAUAUCAUCAAUAUGGCGUCUGUGGCGUCUAGUAUCAAAGGGGUUGUGAACAGAUGUGUCUACAGCACAUCCAAAGCCGCUGUCAUCGGGUUGACCAAAUCGGUGGCAGCUGAUUUCCUCGAGCAAGGGAUCCGAUGCAACUGUGUCUGUCCUGGAACAGUAGAUACACCAUCAUUACGUGAGAGAAUCCAGGCCAGACCUGAUCCGGAGCAGGCUUUUAAAGACUUUAUGGCCAGACAGAAGACGGGUAGAAUGUGCACCGCAGAAGAGGUGGCACAUCUUUGUGUCUACUUGGCUUCAGAUGAGUCUGCCUAUGUAACCGGAACAGAAGCCAUCAUUGAUGGAGGAUGGAGGCUCUAAGGACAUGUUGUUGCAGUUACUUAAUAAACAUGCACAUAAUUCAGCAUACAAAGUGUUAUAGAUAAUACUGAUACAACUUAAAAUCAUUGAUUAUAUCUAACAUAUUUAACUCUGCUAGAAAAUCACUGCCUUAGUAAAUCCUUGACUAGGUUGUAUUAAUUAGAUUUAACGAGUUUAAGAUGAUAAACCACAGAUUAUGAUUUAUUUUGCCAUUUUAUUUCUUUAAUAUAAAGAUUUUGUAUUCCUAAAAAAAUGAUUACAACAGUAGAACUUUUGUUUUAUAGAUUUAUUGUUAGAUUUUAGUAACUAAAACAUAUCAAUAUGUACGCAAAAUGGUUUCAUUAUGUAUUAAUUAAAUUUAUUUGGCUUAUUUAUAAACCGAAUGUCAGAAUAGUUACGAUUAAUUUGAAUCAUAAACAUAGUAUUAUAUACAAAUACUAAUAUAAACAUAAGAUGUAAAAUAACUGUGGUGCAUUAUAAUAAAGCAUUAUUGAAUAAAUAAAUAAACAAACAAACACAAAAGGCUUACUAGCGCUCAGUACGUGACUGGAUAGGCUGUGAGCAAGAUUGCGCGUGUGUCUCAUCACCUCUUGUGAUUGGUCGGUUUCUAUGCAAGAGGCGGAACUAGUAACACUUCCGGAUGCUGCUAGCGGGUGCAAGAAGAAGAAUCUUUUAAAGAAAUAAGCAAAUGCUGGCCUCAAGUGCGUUUAAUUUUAAUGCUGGCUUUAUUUAAAUGCGCAACUAGUCAGUCUCAGGCGUUAAGAUGUUUUCAAUUUAAAAAAUGUUUCACGCUUUCCAGUGCACGUUGUUUCAACGCGUCUUUAUUGUAACCGUGUUAGUUCAAGAUUAGGAUUUGUAUUAAGAUUUAUUAGCGAUUAUUAACAUGUUUUAUGUUAUUUAAAUUAAAUGAUUGCGAAAUGUAUUUAACAAAACUCUAACAACAAGAAA